CGGACAAAUCGGCAUAAUGAGCGGGGAGAUUGAUGCGCUGUAUAUCUACGACGAGCAUAACAAUCCUCUUGUAGAGCAGAUCUAUCGCUCCCGUCCGCCCUCCGCAGCUACCAUCUUACCCCUCUACACGUCGCAUCCAGCUCCGCGGCCGUCCCUCCUCUACAUCCCUAAUGCUACGCCACCAGUAACUGUCUUCUCGGUUGUCCAGUCGAAUUUGCUGUUUCUGGCCCUUUCCGAAGUUGAUACGGAGCCGCUCGUUGCGCUAGAGUUCCUACAUCGCGUAGUGGACAUACUUGAGGAAUUCGUCGGAGCACCAUUAAUCUCGCAUAAAAUACAGGCAAAUUAUGAAGUGGUCGCACAGUUGCUCAAUGAGAUGUGCGAUGCGGGCAUCGUGUGCAAUACAGAGCUAAAUGCGCUCCAGGAAGUUGUGGAGAUGCCGGGGUGGAUGGGGAAGUUGCUGGGUGGUGUCGGGCUCUCUGGUUCUUCUACGCCAAUUCUAGGGGCCCCAAAUACACUCAAACGGUCAAUAUCGGCCAAUACCGCGGCUCAGGGACCUGCGAUACCUUGGAGAAGACCUGGAGUACGGCACACCUCUAACGAACUAUAUGUCGACAUUAUCGAAUCACUUUCGGUCACAAUGGCACCAUCAGGUCGGUUACUCUCUGCCUUGGUGUCCGGCACUAUCGCUUUCACGGCCAAGAUAUCCGGUGUUCCUGAAUUAUUACUCUCCCUGACGGCUCCUGGCGGUCAGCAGGCCAUUGGGCGAAAGCUUGAGCUACCCGUAUUCCAUCCUUGCGUACGACUGGCUAAAUGGCGAGAGCGACCUGGAGAACUGAGCUUCAUACCCCCAGACGGGCGAUUUAUUCUUGCGGGGUAUGAGGUAGACCUUUUACCCAUUGACCCGAGUCUUGAUGAACCACCGAGUCAUAUGGAGAAGCUCUUUUUGCCUGCCAUUGUAGAUAUUCGUAAAUCCCUCGGCCCAACUGGUUCCGAAUUCGAAGUCCGGCUGAUCCUCAACACAAACUUCCCGGGGUAUUCAUCCUUAAACCGGCCAGGAGGACGAGGCGGAUCCGGCACGUCGACGCCGUCAUUUCUUGGAGGCGGGAACUCCUCGGGCCCUGUCUUAGAAGAUGUCCUGGUUACGAUACCAAUCCCGAAUUCAGUCCGAAAUAUCACAGACUUGCAAGCCAGCCGCGGUGAUGCCCUGUUCUCUCCUGGAAACAAUGUUCUGGAAUGGCGAGUUCCGACCAAAGACGCCGGCACUGUCUCGGGCACCGCAACCCUCCGUUGCACCGUAUCCGGAUAUCCAACCGGCGACGACGACUUCGAUGAAGAUUUUGAAGACGUCGAUCCAGAUGCAAACCUCCUCCAGGGCUACUACGACGCCUCGGCUUCAACAUCCUACCAAAACCCCGAAGGAGAGACAACAAAGCGGAAAACCAAGAAGAAGAAAAAGAAGAAGGUCAAGAAGAUCUCUCGCACCGCCAUGGCACAUGUAGAUCCACAACAGGAAAUGACCCCUGAGCAAUCACAACCACAACCCCCGACACCCCCUCAGCCAUCCCCUUCACCCCAACAACAACCAACCUCAACCGACGACUCCUCCAACUCAAUCUUCCACACUUCACAGCGCAAAACCAAAACCCAGUUAAAUGCAACUCUCAUGCCUAAUUCUGCCUCUGUAUCAUUCUCAGUCAGAGGCUGGCUUCCAUCGGGAAUUAAAGUGGACAGUUUGAACAUUGAUCCCCGCCGAAGUCGUGGCUUGGGCGAGACGGUGAAGCCCUACAAAGGAGUGAAGUAUCUAUGUGUUAGUCGAAAAGGUGUGGAGAGGAGAUGUUGAUAUAUAUCAUUUUACCUUUUUGAAUUUUUUAUCUUCUUUCAUCCCUGCUCUGUUUGGCUACAUGGAUGACAAUUUACCAAGGAUUUCAUAUAGAUGAUAAGCAUUCUUCAUU